UGUUUGCUAAUGUCUGGGCUUGAAGGGCAUUUGGUGGCAGCCUGAAAUAAAAUUAAAAAUAAUAAUUUGGCUGCCAAAACGGCUCAUGUCAUGCCAGGCUCAGGUCUGGCAGGUAGACAGGACGGACCCUAUUGUCUAGAGAAGUCUCAGGCAACCUCCCAAAAGUCGGACCUGGGCGUUACACCAUGAAGGAUGCUUGCUGACCCAGGAAAGGACUCCUCCCUACCAGUGGGGAAAUUGAGGCUGGAGAGUGGACACUGGCUCUUGCCAGCUUCUGUCUGGAAUCUUUCAGGGCUCUCCCUGUCCCAGUCCCCAAGUUACUGGGCAUGAUCACGGGGCAGAACUCAGGAAUGUACAAGAGGAGUUUAGAGCUCUGUGAUCCUUAGGCAAAGAAGCUGAGACCAGAGGCAUUGAAACUUAGGACUUUUAAAAUCUCAGAGUUGAAAGGGCCCUUUUGGGAGAAAAAUGACUUAGGAUCUUGAGCCCUCACUUGGCCUGACCCUGUGUUAUCUUAAUGAACCACCAAGAAAGGCUGUUGAUUUAGAAUUCUGGAUGUGUGAAAUUUAUUUCAACACUGUAGAUCAAUCAGGUCACCCGAUCCUCACACCCUUUUGAGGUGAAAGUAUUAAUUCCCCCAUUAUACCCAGGAGGCAGCAGGUUCAGAGAAGCUAAAUAUCUACUGGAGGCAGAGGCUCAGAGAAGGGAAGUCCCUAGCCGGUUCCAGAGAGGGGAAAAUAAGACCCAGCCCAGGACAAAGCUGGAGGAAUCUCAUCUAGGUGUUCCCAGCCUAUUCCGACACCCUGAUUUCGUCCUUACUGAGGACGAUUCCUCCAGGAAGCCCACAGGAUCUUUAACCCCAAAGAACCUGGCUGGGGUGCAGAGGGGGCGUGGAGAGGAGAACCCAGGGGAGGAUACCUGGGGGUCGAUGGGAGCCCGCGGGACGGGGAGCCGAAGUUGGAGGGCUGCCCGGGGAAGAGGACCUGAGGGCGGAGGGCAGGGUCAGGAGCCUGGGAACAGAGACGCGGCCCGCGCCCCGCCCUCGCGCCCCGCCCUCGCGCCCCGCCCGGCCCCCUCCUCUGCCCCGGGAGAUGAGCACCUGCCCGGGCCCGCCGCGCAUUCCCGGGCUCUGAGCUCAGGCGCUGUCCGCCCUCCCGGCCGGGAUCGGGCGGUGACAGUGCGCCCUCUGGCGGUCCCGGCACCAGCCUCCAGGACAACCCCACACCCAUUGCUGGCAUUUCCUUAGGAUGUCAGCAUGGAAUCUGAGAACCUUAGACUUUCGGAAAUCACGCAGUCCCCCAAAAGAACCGCUGACUGUCGAAUGCUGGCACUGAAGGCCGCACAAAAUUGAUCGUUUUUAUAUUUUGACAGACGCAGUGAUUCCUGGGUAUCCCUGAGAUUCUAAAAGUCCCGAGUUUUGAUUCCUAUAGCCUCUACUUUCUGAGGCCUCAAUUCCCAGAGCCCUGAAUUCCUACUGCUCCUUCAGACCAGAUGGAUCCUCACAAUAGUCCUAAGAGGCGCCCCGCUCCGGCCGGCACCAUGGACAGCGAGGCAUUCCAGAGCGCGCGGGACCUUCUGGACCUGAACUUCCAGUCGCUGGCCAUGAAGCACAUGGACCUGAAGCAGAUGGAGCUGGAUACGGCGGCGGCCAAGGUGGACGAACUGACUAAGCAGCUUGAGUCACUGUGGUCGGACUCGCCAGCUCCUCCUGGCCCGCAGGGCGGAGUCCCCCCUAGGCUGUCCCGGUACAGCUCCAGCCCGGUCCCCGAGCCUUUCGGCAGCCGAGGGUCCCCCCGGAAGACAGCCACGGACAGCGCAGACACCCAGUUUGGACGCUCCGAGAGUGCUCCGGCCCUGCUCCCCUACAGCCCUCUAUCCCCAAAGGGCCGACCAUCGUCUCCGCGCACCCCGCUCUAUCUGCAGCCUGAUGCUUACGGCAGCCUGGACCGCGCGCCCUCGCCGCGGCCGCGCGCUUUCGAAGGCGCCGCCAGCCCCCUGGGCCGUGCUCCCUCCCCGCGACCGGGGUCAGGCCCGCUCCGCCAGCAAGGUCCCCCUACGCCCUUCGACUAUCUGGGACGUGCGGGCUCCCCGCGUGGCAGCCCUCUGGCGGAGGGGCCCCAGGCCUUCUUCCCCGAGCGCGGGCCCUCGCCGCGCCCACCUGCAGCAGCCUACGACGCGCCCUCGGCCUUCGGGAGCCCCCUGCUGGGCGCGGGCGGCAGCGCCUUCGCCCCGCCUCUGCGCGCGCAAGAUGACCUGACGCUGCGCCGGCGACCCCCGAAAGCCUGGAACGAGUCUGAUCUGGACGUGGCUUACGAGAAGAAAUCCACGCAGACAGCCAGCUACGAACGUCUGGACGUCUUUGCCCGACCCGCCUCGCCAGGCCUGCAGCUGUUGCCCUGGAGAGAGAGCAGCCUGGAUGCGCUGGGGGCCACCGGCAAGGACAACCUCACCAGCGCCACCCUGCCGCGCAACUACAAGGUCUCCCCUCUCGCCAAUGACAGGCGUUCAGACGUGGGCAGCUACCGUCGCUCGCUGGGCUCCGCCGCCCCGUCAGGCACUUUGCCCCGCAGCUGGCAGCCUGUCAGCCGCAUCCCCAUGCCCCCCUCCAGCCCCCAGCCCCGCAGCGCCCCUCGCCAGCGUCCCAUCCCCCUCAGCAUGAUAUUCAAGUUGCAGAACGCUUUCUGGGAGCAGGGGGCCAGCAGAGCCAUGCUCCCUGGGUCCUCCGUCUUCUCCAGAGCACCCCCACCUAAGCUGCCUCCCCAGUCCCAGCCACCCCCCCAGACCCAACUGCAGCCCCAGCCCCAACCACAGCCCCAGUUGCCCCCCCAACCCCAGCCCCAGCCUCAGCCCCAGCCUCAGCCCCAGCCCCAGGCCCAACCCCAGGCUCCAGUCCCCCAGGUCCCCCAACAAACAUGGCCACCGGUGAAUGAAGGCCUCCUCAAACCCCCUGCCGAGGCGGAGGCUGAGCCUGAGCUAGAGGGGCUGCUGACACCGGUGCUGGAGGCUGGUGAUGCAGACGAAGGCGCUGUAACUCGGCCCCUCAGCCCCACGAGGCUGCAGCCAGCGCUGCCCCCUGAGGCGCAGUCAGUGCCCGAGCUGGAGGAGGUGGCCCGGGUGCUGGCCGAGAUUCCUCGGCCUCUCAAACGCAGGGGCUCCAUGGAGCAGAGCCCUGCCGUGGCCCUGCCCCCUACUCACAAGAAGCAGUACCAGCAGAUCAUCAGCCGCCUCUUCCACCGGCAUGGCGGGCCAGGGCCUGGGGGGCCUGAGCCAGAGCUGACGCCCAUCACCGAGGGAUCUGAGGCCAGGGCCGGGCCCCCUGCUCCUGCCCCACCAGCUCCCCUACCACCCCCAGCCCCACCCCAGAGCAGCCCACCAGAGCAGCCACAGAGCAUGGAGAUGCGCUCGGUGCUUCGGAAGGCGGGCUCCCCGCGCAAGGCCCGGCGGGCGCGGCUCAACCCGCUGGUGCUGCUGCUGGACGCGGCGCUGACCGGGGAGCUGGAGGUGGUGCAGCAGGCGGUGAAGGAGAUGAACGACCCGAGCCAGCCCAAUGAGGAGGGCAUCACCGCGCUGCACAAUGCCAUCUGCGGCGCCAACUACCCGAUCGUGGACUUCCUCAUCGCGGCGGGCGCCAAUGUCAACUCCCCAGACAGCCACGGCUGGACACCUCUGCACUGCGCGGCAUCGUGCAACGACACGGCCAUCUGCACCGUGCUUGUGCAGCAUGGCGCUGCAAUCUUUGCCACCACUCUCAGCGACGGCGCCACCGCCAUCGAGAAAUGCGACCCCUACCGGGAGGGCUAUGCUGACUGCGCCACCUACCUGGCAGACGUGGAGCAGAGCAUGGGGCUGAUGCACAGCGGGGCGGUGUACGCCCUCUGGGACUACAGCGCCGAGUUCGGGGACGAGCUAUCCUUCCGAGAGGGCGACUCUGUCACCAUCCUGCGGAGGGACGGGCCGGAGGAGACCGACUGGUGGUGGGCUACGCUGCACGGCCAGGAGGGCUACGUGCCGCGGAACUACUUCGGGCUCUUCCCCAGGGUGAAGCCUCAGAGGAAUAAAGUCUAGCCGGACAGAAGGAUGUUUUCCCAGGCGACAAGAGCAAGCCAGCCUGCCCUCGCCCCAGAUGUCCCCCUCCACAUACUGCUGUUUACCUGUGCCCCUAACUCUGCAGGGGUGGGGCCCUCACCACCAUUUCUCAGCUCUUCCAGAAGCCAGUGGAGGAGAACUUCAGCCUUAAGUUUAGCAAUCUGCCUUAACCGUGGAGGCCCCAGGGGUGAGGCUGAGAAUCUUGGGGGCAGGAGAUCCUCCACAUUUGCCAAAGCAGAUCCCGUCCAAAGUGCUUCCCGCCCUGACUGCCAAUCACUCCUCACCCUCAGCAGCCAACCCACCAUUCCCAGCUGAGCCUGGGAUUUUAGACCCCCCACAACUGACUUCCCCUGGGAGUCACUCCUAUCCCUUGUCUCCCAGAAGCUCUGGGGUCUGGGGGAGACCCACUGGUUUCCACCAGGAUCCUCACCCCGCCUUCCCCAGUUAAGUGCCUUCACGAAGUGCUGGUUUUAUGUUUAUAACCAAAUGGAGGAGUUUUCUUUAUAAAUAAAGGUAGUUUGCACAGAAA